UCACCUCCUAUUUCUUCUCUUCGGCUGGCCUCUUUGAUGCCUCUGCUUCGUUUUCUCUCCGGAGCCAUGCAUCCCCAGCGUCCUCAGGCCAUGCCCUCCUCCUCCUCUCUGGGACAGAAUCUGCGGGAUAUGGCCAUGGGUCUGGGAAGAGGCAAGAACUUAUUGGGAGGAAACGUCGCCUACGGUUUUAUCCAGUCGGUUAAGGAGUGCCUUUAUUUCCUGCUCUGCUGCUGGUGCAUCAAAGAGAUCCUGGAUUAAGAGAUCAAGUGGUUGAACAUUGAUUUUCACUUUUUUCCGACGGCUCCUUGAGUGUUAUUUCAACCAACUUCUAUUUAAUUGAGAAUGGAGCGUUUGAUCAGCAGUUCUGGCAAAGCAUUGGCAAUGGUUGUAGGAUGCUCUUCUUGGAUUCCAGGAAACACACUUGCACUUUUUCAGAAGCUUCAAAUGCUCGCUGAGAGAAUGGGUCAGAGUUUCCUGAGUUCAACCCUGCUGAUCUGACUACUUGAGGAAUGGCAGCCCUGGUGUUCACUGUACAACACAAACUGGUGUGCAAUG